GUGCCCCGCUGGCUAGGCCGAAUGAGCCGAACGCGGAACUAGGGAGCAGGCGGGGGCCGGCGCGGAGCUGUUGCUCAGCAGGCCCGGCCUGGCUUUGGGCCCUGGGCCUUCCAGCCGGGGACUCUGCGCCUGCGCCCGCCCGGCCGCCGCCCGCUCUCCCGGCGCGGCCCUGGUCUUGGCCGUUGCGCGCUGCCUGAGUGUCUGGGCGAUCCAUGGGCAGCAGCAAGGGCCACGAUGACAGAUUACGGCGAGGAGCAGCGCAACGAGCUGGAGGCUCUGGAAUCCAUCUACCCCGACUCCUUCACAGUGUUAUCCGAAAAUCCACCCAGCUUCACCAUUACUGUGACAUCUGAAGCUGGAGAAAAUGAUGAAACUGUCCAGACUACCCUCAAGUUUACAUAUAGUGAAAAAUACCCAGAUGAAGCUCCCCUUUAUGAAAUAUUCUCCCAGGAAAAUCUAGAAGAUAAUGAUGUCUCAGACAUUUUAAAAUUAUUAGCAUUACAGGCUGAAGAAAAUCUUGGUAUGGUGAUGAUUUUUACUCUAGUAACAGCUGUGCAAGAAAAAUUAAAUGAAAUAGUAGAUCAGAUAAAAACUAGAAGAGAGGAAGAAAAGAAACAAAAAGAAAAAGAAGCAGAAGAAGCUGAAAAGAAAUUAUUCCAUGGCACUCCUGUUACAAUUGAGAAUUUCUUAAAUUGGAAGGCCAAGUUUGAUGCAGAACUCUUGGAAAUUAAAAAGAAACGGAUGAAAGAAGAAGAACAAGCAGGAAAAAAUAAAUUAAGUGGGAAACAGUUAUUUGAAACAGAUCAUAAUCUUGACACAUCUGAUAUCCAGUUCUUGGAGGAUGCUGGAAACAAUGUGGAGGUAGAUGAGUCUUUGUUCCAGGAAAUGGAUGACUUGGAGCUGGAGGAUGAUGAGGAUGAUCCAGACUACAAUCCUGCUGACCCAGGGAGUGACUCAACCGACUAAUGGACUGUCCCCAUCUGCAGAGAGGCUUGAUUGCCACAGCAUCUGUGGCUAUGCUCAGAGGGUUUUGAUUUUCCUUUCUUUUUUUCUAAGAAAAAAUAAUUUUCAGGAGAAUAUUCUUCUGAUAGCUUUCAUCAUUGAACUUAAUAAACUGACCUUAAAAUUUCAAAUAUAAAA